ACGGAACCCGAACUUUUGGAUAUUGGAGAAAAAGGGGUAUUAAAAAUGAUGAACCUAUACCAUAUUUUGGAAACAAUUUGAAACAGUUUAUUCAAAAAUCUAGCAUUGCAAUGUUGGCUACAGAGGCGUACAAAAAAUAUCCAGAAGAAACAGUGGUAGGUUUUUUUAGAAGUACUUCACCAGAAUUAGUGAUAAGGGAUCCUGAAUUAGUUAAAAGGAUAUUGAUUACAGAUUUUCAACAUUUUUACGACAGAGGAUUUAAUUCACAUAAAACAUCGAUUGAACCAUUAUUCAAGAAUUUAUUUUUUGCCGACGGUGACUUAUGGAAAUUAAUUCGAAAAGGCUUUAGUCAAUCCUUCAGUACUGGUAAAAUUAAAGCAAUGUUUUCCAUAAUUACUGAAAGGGCUGAGAAACUUCAGUUACAAGCAGCUGAAAUAUCAAAAUUAGAAUAUUAUGAUAUGCGUGAACUAAUAGCAAGUGAAGUAGAAACGGUAAUAAUUGCUUUAGUAAAGAAAAUACUUAAAAGUAGAAAUUAUGAGCCAUCAGGGAAAAAUGAUUUCAUAGAUUUGAUGUUAGAAUUGAAGAAAAAAGUAGAACUGGAAUUAGAUGAUAUUAUAAUGACUGCGCAAUGUUUUGUCUUCUUUGGAGCUGGUUUCGAAACAUCGUCAAUAAGCGCUAGUUAUACUUUACAUCAACUAGCAUUUAAUAUGGAGUAUCAGGAAAAAGUGCAAGCAGAGAUUGAUAGAAUACUACCAAAACAUAACAAUAAGUUAACUUAUGAAGCUAUUAAUGAAUUGAAUACUUUAGAGAAGGCAUUUUAUGAAGCAUUGAGAAUGUUUCCUCCGGUUGCAUUUCUUAUAAGAAAGUGCACAUCACCGACAUACACAUUCCCUGAAAUCAAUUUAACUAUAAACGAGGGUGUGAAGGUUAUUAUACCUGUACAGGCUUUACAUAAUGACGAAAAAUAUUUUCGCGAACCAGAAAAGUUCAAUCCGGAUAGAUUUAGUACCGCAAAUGAAUUUAAAAAUAAUAUAUUUUUACCAUUUGGAGAUGGCCCACGUGCAUGUGUAGCUUCAAGAUUAGGAAAGGUUUUGGCUAUGGCUGGUAUUGCUGCUAUUUUACAGAAGUUUACCGUAGAGCCGUGUGCCAUAAGCAGGCUACAUCCUAUACCUCAACCUAUGGCGGUUGUAUCUGAAAGCUUUAUCGGCGGACUGCCGCUGAAAUUAACUGAAAGAACUAGAAGCCUUUAAAGAUAACUACGCUAUUAUUUAAAGUAAAAUAACAACUUGGUGGUAGAGGUUUGUGUAAGCCCGUCUGGUAUUGUAUUGCUAGUGUAAUUUUAAAUUGUAUAAAGCCCGGUUUAUAUAUUUAAGAAACUAUUCGUUUUGAUCAGUGUAGUACUCUACAUAUACUUCUUUUUCGGUGGGAAGUCUUAUAAAAUCAAAACGAACCUCUGUGUCAAAUUUUAGCUCGAAAUUUAGUGUUUAAUGAAAUGUAGGAAAAAAAUCGAAUGCACCAAUAUUCCUAAUAGUGGAUACAUAUGAUGCAAGAAAUAAAAUGAUAAUACGAUAUUUUGUCGUGAAAACAUUUAUUUCCCUUAGUUUUAUAAAUACAGUCGGUUGUAAUAUAAUAUACAAUUUAUUCGAUGUUGAAAAAGCUUAAAACUAUAUACGUAUAUAAAUGCUUGUUGGUAUGUCAUUGUCUUAACAAAUAUUGGCUUAUAAUCUAUAAACUACUUUAUACUAUUUUUAUACAAACGAAAAUAUACUAUUUGUAUGUUUUAGUUUUUAUUCGUUUUCUUUAUUGAAAUAAUAUUGAAAUAACUUUGAAAUUUAUUUUCAAUAACCAAUCGAGAGCACGCAGGAAUAGCUGAUAUAAUCAGUAUAGAUUAAUAAUAAUAUCUGCUAAUUGUUUAUUAAAAUAUCCCUAAUUAUAAGUUU